AUGUACGCAAGAAAUGGAAAUUAUUUAGUAUUUUACCUAGUGUACACUAAUUUACACGCUACUACACACAUUACAAAUGUUAUCGCAACUAGACACUUUAUUUUGGAAUCCAACUACAACAAUACUGCACUGUGGCUGAAUUAUUUAAAUUAUAAAUCUUCCAAUGGAUCAUUGCAUAAUUAUGCAAAUAAUUCCUUUAAAUCACAUACAAAUACUGACAAUUUUCACAGGCAAUUGCACAAAGAGGCUCUAGAAGCCAGUGAAUUCCAGCUACAUAUACCGCCCACAACCGAUUGUAAGGUUAAUAAGAUUGCCAAAUUCAUUGACGACAAAGAUGAAAAUCUACAGGUCGCGGAAACUGAUGUUUUGAAACUUGCAGAUCGAGGAAUAAUCCCAGAUUUUAGAUAUCCCAAAAAAACAGCUGCUGAUACAAAUCUCCUGUCUUGGCAUUACGAUAGGCCUCCAGAUAUAUACAUCAUAAAGUUCGAAGGAGUACUAUAUUUGGCACCAAAAGAAUCAGCAAUUAUCGCCUACAAUGCAGCACAACAGUUACUACACAAAUCUCAUGAGUUCACAGUUGAUAUACCACUAUAUUUUUACCAUUUAUUACUACACUCCUUACCAUAUGUGUCCAGCAAAAGGCAAUUUGUGAUGGCAGCAGUUAAGUACCUAACCAUACUACACGAUAAGGUAGAUCAAAAAGUGUUAAAUGAAUCCAUAGAACAUCUGAAUAGAGUUAAUAUGAGUUCUGAUCCUUUUCAACCAUUCGGCAUAUACACCGGGGCCUCCAACAAAAGGACUAAACCUUUCAUGAUGAGCAUAACUAAUGAUGUAUUUGGGACCAACGAGUUUGUAAAACAGCAUCUGGAUAUAUUUAAAUAUCUUGAUCAUAAUGAUUUUAACUAUUCUUCCAUCGAUUUGCUCGAGGCAUAUAAUUUGCAACAACAAAAAUUGGAAUCAUUGAAUUGCUGGGAAGAAACAUUUUUGUACCGGAAUUCAAUCCCGGUAUCAGAUCCAACUAUGGAUAGAUUCCACCAGUUAGCCUUCAAUCAUGCAGCUGCCCAAGCUAUAUUACAUCACAUAACGGUUUGGAAAAUGCCUGUUUAUAUCGCAUCAAACUUUUACACCAUUCAAGAAUUAGAGAAAAGGAUUAUUGCUAUACUGCAAUAUGUUGCCCAUGCGCAAGAUGUACAAGCCAGUAUUAAAUAUAUUUCUCUACAUUCUACUGCUGAAAACACCAUUAAUACCGAGAUUUCAAACGGUGAAUGGCUAUCCGAAAUUGUAUCAAAAGUGAUCAAAGGCAACGAUAUAGAUAUAUUGCCAGUACAUGUGCUUUCUGACAGGUACAAUGAGUUAAAUGCCACAAACAUAGCAAAUAAGAAUAUUAGAAAUUUACGACUAUACUUCACAGAUUGGGGGCACUCAACCUACAAUGAAAAAUUACAAACAUUGUACAGCAACAAUGUGAAUUACUUCAACCAUACAAAACAGCUAGUAUCACUUAUGACUUUACCAUCUACAAACGCGGGAAGGUGCUGGAAUACAGGUUAUCAGUUACUACCUCCAAUUGCAGAAGUAGGCAAAUUUUUGGAAUCAUGGAAGAGGAAAUGGUCCAAUGAGAGUGAUAAGUCCACGUUGCAGGAUCGGCCACCCCAUGCAAUAAAUUGA